GGGGGCGGGGCCCGAGCCGUGGGGCGCGCCAAGGAUGACGCGGGUUCUUUUUCUGGGCGUGAGGUCCAGUCCCGAGAGCUUUCCUAGACGGUUCUCGGAAAAAAACCUGGCUCGGGCCUUUGCUGCGCCGACCAAUUGUUAGCCCCGAAGAGAGAGCUAUUCCCUGACACCUCUGCUGCUAGCCGUAGGCAAAGCAGUAACUUGAUUCCUUCGGCAAUCCAAGUGCCGAUCUCCCGCCAUUGCUAGACCCUGAGCUUGGCACAAGGGGAAUCUGCGAAGAGACCUAAGGUAGAAUGGAUCUGCCUGUGGAUGAGUGGAAAUCAUAUAUAUUUCAGAAAUGGUCUUUGCUCCCAAAGUCCAUUCAGGACACAAUUUCUACGGCAGACACUUUAAAGGAUAUCUUUCUUCACUCCUCGUCGCUUCUUCAGCCUGAGGAUGAGACGUUUUUAAAAAGUCUCGCUAGCGGUUACCUUGUGGGAAAGGACCCCAAUGCUCCUCCUUUCUACAGAGAAGAAGGAAAUAAAAAAUUUCAGAAGAAGGAUUAUGUGGGAGCCACAGUGCUGUACUCUAAGGGAAUAUCCCAUGCGAGGCCUCACACUGCGGACAUUUCACUGUGUUAUGCCAAUCGCUCUGCGGCCCUCUUCUACAUGGAUGAGUAUGAAAUGUGUCUUAAAGAUAUCACAAGGGCACAGAUGCAUGGGUAUCCAGAAAGUUUGCAACCCAAGGUGACAUUGCGAAAGGUCGAGUGUCUGGUGACCCUGGGGAGACUACAGGAGGCAGGCCAGACCAUCAGGGAUCUUGAAAGUAACUUUGCUGCCAAACCAACCGUAGCAGCUGCCCAGUUUCAAAUUCUGCAGCGAAACCUGUGUCGUCUGAAAAUGAAAGUACAAGAAAGGGAGAGGCUCACAGCAACCUUCCCAACAACUCUAACGAAAAUCUUUGAGGAUAUGGACCUAAGGGAGGUGAAUGAACAGAUUCCUUGUGCCUCGUCCUCUGUCAGCCUGUGCAUGGACCCUUUACGAGGCCGCUAUCUGAUUGCCACAGAAGAUAUUCUCCCUGGAGAGCUCUUGUUGAAGGAGGAUGCUUUCGUGAGUGUCCUUAACCCGGGAGAAAGGCCCCCACUACAUCAAGGCCUAGCAAACAAGUGGGAUACCAGAGUCACAAAUGGGGACCUCUACUGUCACCGAUGUUUGACGCACACUCUGGCCAUGGUUCCCUGUGACGGUUGCAGCUAUGCCAAGUACUGCAGCCACGAGUGUAUGCAGCAGGCCUGGGGUCUCUACCAUAACAGAGAGUGUCCUCUCGGGGGGCUGCUGCUCACACUGGGUAUCUUCUGCCACGUCGCGCUGAGGGCGACCCUUUUAGCUAGAUUCGAGGGUGCCAGCAAAGUCAUAAGGAAGCUUAGCAGUGAGAUUAGUAACAAGGACAUGUGCUCACCUGAAAGCGAGACUCCGGUACACACACUCCGUUCUGACCUGGGAGGGGAGAGUGAGGAGAAUGGCAACAUAGUUCAGACCCCAGUUCCAGGCUGUGAUGUCAACGGCAAAUACGAAAAUAACUACAAUGCUGUCUUCCACCUCUUGCCCCAUACUGAGCACCAUAGCCCAGAAUACAAAUUCCUCUGUGCCCUCAGUGUGUCGGCGCUCUGCAGGCAGCUGGAAGCAGCCGACUCCUCGAAGCCAGACGCCGCAGCACCUCCUAUCUUGUGUUCCGAGUUGAGUACCUGGGGAGUGGCCAUGUUGAAGCACAUGUUACAGCUACAGUGCAAUGCUCAGGCCAUAACUACCAUUCAGCAGACAGGAUCUGAAGAGAACAACGUCACCAACAGCAGGCAGGUCCGCCUUGCAACAGGCAUCUUCCCUGUUGUCAGCCUCCUGAACCACUCCUGCAGCCCCAACACCAGCAUGUCCUUCGUUAGCACCGUCGCCACCGUCCGAGCAUCAGAGAAGAUUGCAAAAGGGCAAGAGAUACUGCACUGCUAUGGGCCUCACCACAGUAGGAUGGCCGUCGCCGAGAGGCAGCAGAAGCUGAGGGCUCAGUACUUCUUUGACUGCAGCUGCCCGGUGUGUCAGAAGGAGAAGCACAGAGCCACCGUCGGGCCCCGGUGGGAGGCAUUCUGUUGUGGCCGCUGCGGAGCGCUCCUGCAGGGAGGUGACGUUCUGAGCUGUGGCGGCACGUCCUGUAUGGAAUCGGUCAGCAGGGAUCACCUCAUCUCUCGGGUACAGGACCUUCAGCGGCAGGUUGGGGGGGCCCAGAAGCUUCUCGGAAACGGUCAAUUAGAGCAAGCCAUUCAGCUGUUGUUGGGGUGCCGACACGAUGCCGAGAACUUCCUGUCACCAGAACACAGCGUGGUAGGCGAAAUGGAGGAUGCCCUGGCGCAGGCAUACGCUGCCUUAGGGGACUGGCAGAAGUCAGCUGCCCAUCUGCAGAAGAGUCUCCAAGUGGUUGAGGCUCAGCAUGGGCCAUCCAGUGUUGAAAUGGGCCACGAGCUCUUCAAACUGGCCCAGCUCUUUUUCAAUGGGUUUGCGAUCCCAGAAGCACUGAACACAAUUGAGAGGGCCGAAAAGGUUCUGCUGGUGCACUAUGGCCCUUGCAGUGACGAGAUCCAGGAGCUACAGAAGAUGAAAUCUUGCUUAUUGGACUCGCCACCCAUCUAACUGGGGCCUUCAGUGUAGGAUCCCAAGGUUUUCAGAUAGUUAACCAUCCUCC